AUGGAUGUCCAUGAAGAUCAAGAUUUAGAUGGGUUACCAAAUGUACCAUCAUCAAGAUACCGAAACUUGGAUGUUCAUGAUGCCAAUAUUGAAGAUGGUAAUCCGGCUAAUUGGAUUGGAAAAGACUUUGAUGAUCAACUUUAUUUGAGUGAAGACAUGGGGUUGCACCUAGUGGCUCUGGCGAAGGUGAAACUCCUAGGGGUUUCUAAGCUCCAUGGUGCACCAUUUGUAGCCAUCUUGGCAUGGCCAUUCUUUCUAAAAGUAGUAUUGAGUUUGAGACCUUUUCAAAAUCUUAUCAUGUCUGUGGCACAAGAGUCGAGGCUUUUUGUGUUUCAGUUGAACCAGAUAAUCGGUUUUCAAGCUGCUGGUAGAUCUAGAGCUGAUCAUGGAUUUGAUGGAAAUAGGACAAGAUGGGAGCGAGUUAUCCGAUUAGUGCAGGAAAGGUUGCCGAAUGUUGGCCGGUCGAUGCCGUUUGAAGAUUAUGACCAAAGCUUGCAAGUUCUCUCGAUUGUAGCCUUUUGA